GACUCUGUUAAACCAACAAAACACAAUAUAUAACGUGACUGCUGUAAUUGAUUGCAACAUAUAAUCACCCGUUAAAUCUCCUGACAUCGUUCUUCCAAGACCGUGAAAUGACAACUGAAUAGUGAAUUUAAGAGGUGCGUAUUAGAAAGAAAGCGAGCGAGUAUGAACAGCUUCGAGAUAAGAAUGUUGAAGAAAACAAGGCAAUGUUGGCUCAGCUGAUGUCUGAUUUGAAGGGAUCACUGCCCUGUGUACCGCCUGUUCCUAAGAAGCCUCGCACCAUUUCCAAAACCAGUCAUGACGUUCCUCUGCGCAGAAACCCGAGAAGAGAAAGCAGAUUUGUACCGACGGGUCUGCCAAUGAUGACCCGGUCACAAGGUCGUCGUGGGUCAGUGUCAUCAUCAACAUCGUCUUCAUACUCCACGACACCCGCGUCAACACCAGAGAAAAUGGUUGUGCGGUUCGGAUUUUUCCGAGGAGCUAGCCGAGAUGAAUCUGCUCCAGAAGAUUUAGGUCAUGAAGAGGACACCAGCUGUAUGUUUCCCCCAACUCCAGUGAGACACAGAGUCACGAUUCACAACACAAAAUCAGCUGAGGAGAUAACUCAGGAGGAUAUAGAUCUCGUGGCAAACUUCGUCAGCGACAAGAGUUACGACAGUAUUUAUGGUUCAACGUGCCAUCAGUGUCGGCAAAAGACCGAUGACAUGAAGACGAUCUGCCGAUCAGGGGGAUGUUUUGGUGUUAGAGGACAGUUUUGUGGUCCAUGUUUAAGAAAUCGUUACGGAGAGGAUGCUAAGGAUGCUCUGAAGAAUCCUAACUGGAUCUGCCCCCCCUGUAGAGGUAUAUGUAACUGCAGUUUCUGUAGAAAACGGGCUGGAAAAUCAUCUACGGGCAUUCUGGUUCAUUUUGCUAGGGAGCAUGGCUUCACCGAUGUUAACUCUUACCUUCAAAGCCUUAAGAAAUGAAGAUGUCAACCGGUCUUUCAAACAGUGGCUAAAGAAUGACUUGAAAUGGACAAAGAUUUGACAGUAACCAUACUACCUUGAGAUUAACUAGUCUUUAUGCUUUAUUUACUGUUCAAUAAGGAAAUUAAUCCUGUCUAAAGUCUGUUCGUGUGAAAUAUUUAUUUCAAUUUUACAAAGUUCUGAGUUUUUGAUUUUGGUGUCAACAUUAUAAAAUUUAAUGUGAAUUUAAAAAAAGUGCUGUAAUUUUUUUUUUCUUUCCCCCUCUGAAUAAUUUUGUUUUGUCUCAAAAGUUUAAUGAAAUAUGUUUUUACUUUUAUUUUUUGAAAUGUCUUUUUACUUAUUAUUCCUCUAAUAUUUUUAAUGUAAUGAAUUUACAGGUCACCUCUUACGUAUUAUACUUUCCGAUUUUAACACACCAAAUUGCAUAAUGGAAUAGAAACAUGAAAGUAAAAGAGGAAAAACAACUUGUAUAUACUGCUUACAACAAGUAAGGGAUAUUCCCAAAACUUACCAUGGCUUUAUCCGUCAUCAUAAUCUGUCAAUAGAAGCAGUGGUUGCAGGAUACAUUAUAAUACAUGCAUGGAAGUAAUAGGUUACAAUUUAUUCAAUUCUUUGACUAAACCAGAAAUGGCUUGAUCUGAUUGUUUUUAUAUUUUUACCAUGUGAGAAUAUUUAUCUACAAAACUGAUGUUUUAAAUAUUUUUAAAACAAGACGACUACAUUUUAUUAACAAUUUGGUCUGCAAAUUGUUGCAUCAGUUAUAUACAUUGUUAUCAUGAUCUUUUUCAUUAGUGUUUUUUGUUCAUUAACUUGUUAAUAUUUUUGUGGAAUAAAUACCAUAUU